UUGGUUAUUCCUUUGGUGUUAAAGAAUGUCAAUAUUUACUGAUUUCAAAAGAUAGUGAAAUUUUUUGAAGAUUACCCUCAUUUACGCGUUACGAGAAAAUUUAUUCACAUUAUUGAGUGUAAUGUGUUCAACACAUGAUACAUGAGUUAAGUAAGUCUCAUACAUCUGAAAAUAUUAGUGAGGCAUUUGAAAUUAUUAUGACUGAAUGGGAAAAUAAUCAACACCAAAUUAUUGCUUUCGUAACUUAUAAUGCUGCAAAUAUGAAAAAAGUAGCUAAUGAUACAUUUGGCAUAUAUAAAACAAUCCCAUGUUUUGCUCAUACUAUAAAACUUAUAGCUAAUAAUGCAUUAGAGAAUGGUAUUGAUUUAAAUCAGAUGAUUGACAAAAUUAGAAAUAUUGUAAUAUUUAUAAAAAAUAGUGUUAAUCCUAAUGUUGUAUUAAGGAGUUUACCAGAAGGAAAAGUUUUAAAAUUAUUAUUGGACAUCAAGACUCGUUGGAAUAAAAACAUUUUUAACGAUUUGAAUUUCGGCGAUAUAAAUACAGCUAUUUCAUGUGUCAAUGUCCAACUGGAAUUUGGAGUUCAUGAGUACUAA